AUGGUCGUGUCACGAUUAUGCUUCUACUCUUCUUUCUUACUUUUGUUACGGUUCGUUGCCGCUCAAAACAACAGUAAUGAACAAGGGACAGGGUUCAAUCCAACCACGGCUAUAAUCAUGAUCGUACUCGUCAGCAUUUUUUUCUCACUUGGAUGUGUCUCCGUCUACAUGCGAAGGUGUCUCGAGCAAGCCCUAGGGAUCAACGACGGAAGAUCCGUCGACCCGGGAAACUGGCUUAACGUUAGGCAGACGCCGCGUGGACUCGACGCUUCUGUCAUAGAAACGUUUCCGACGUUUCGUUACUCCACCGUGAAGACGUUGAGAAUCGGCAAAGAAGCGUUGGAGUGUCCCGUUUGCCUCAAUGAGUUCGAGGACGAUGAAACGCUGCGUUUGCUUCCUCAAUGUUGCCACGUGUUUCAUCCUGGUUGCAUAGAUGCGUGGCUACGUGAGAACGCUACGUGUCCUCUCUGCCGCGCCAAUCUCGUUCCUGUACCGGGUGAGUCUGUUUCUGUCGAGAUCCCCGGUUUAGCUAGAGAAUCCGGUCAGAACUCUCCCCAAACCGAAGAUAACCGGAGAAUGGCUUUUGGUUCUCCAGACGAACGGUUACUCGACUCAGUGGCUUGGACAGGUAACCAAAGCAUGCCACGUAAGUCCAUGUCUACUGGGUGGAAAUUAGCUGGAUUGUUUAGCCGGUCAAGUUCUUACGGUCUGACAGGGGAGAAUCUAGAUCGGUUCACGCUAAGAUUACCGCAAGAGAUACACGACCAGCUCGUGAACCAAGGCCACGUUGUGCUACCACAAGUGAGGAGCUCGAUACGAGGGUACAGAACCGGAAGCCUAGGGAACGAAAGAAACUAUUUCUACUUUGAACGGUUUGAUCAAGACCAUCGCUUUGACCGCAGACCGUUUUCUAUAACUCCUCCGUUCCGGACCAGCUCGAUUAGGUCUCCCAAUGGUGUUAUCAACGGGGGAGAUAGUUAUCAAGAGCGUGCUGGCACACCCAAAAAUUUGCUUUUAGCAAUAAGGUCACCGUUUGAUCGGUUAUUCAUUGGAAAAAACAAUGUUGGUGAACGUUCUUACCUUAGAUCCGGUGAUGCGAGUCCUGUGUAG